AUGACAAGUGGACCACAACCUCAUAAUUUAAUCGGACCUUCAUUAGUUAAUAAAGGAGGUAAAGCUAUGGACUCGUUUUUGGACGCUUUUUUCGCUUUGGAUACAGAUAAUCGUGAAGUUAUAUCAUUGAAUGAUCUAAGUUCAUAUAAUAAAAAACAUGGUCUACAAGAUAGUUUUCCAGAAACAUUUCUUCGUCGAUUUGACGCUGAGAAAACUGGUGUUAUAACAUUAGAACAAUAUUGUAAAGCAUUAGGUCUUGUUCCAAAACAAGCGCGGGAAUUACGAAGACGUCGUACAACCGUUUUAUUAGAACAACUUAUUCCACGUGAUUUAGAAAUUAUCUAUGAUGAUAUGGAAUUAGAAAUGAAAGUGAAAGUAAUGGAAUUAUUUAUUAAUGAUUUACGUGAAUCUGGACGUAAAACUAAUAUUGAUAUGGAAAAAUUAGAUCAAUCUAUGCAACGUUUAAAAGAGUAUUUAGAUACACGUUAUGGUAAAUCAUGGCAUAUUAUUACAUCAAUUAAUCAACAUUUGGGAAGAUUUAGUUAUGAACCAAAUACAUUAUUUCAUUUUUGUUUAGGUAGAUUUGUUGUAUUAAUAUGGAAAACACCAUGUUCUGCUUAA